AUGGGUGAAGAGGGACUGGUUGGUGAUACCGAGAACACUGAAAAUUCAAAGACAAACCCAAAACUAACUCUCUUGCCUCUUAUUGCACUUAUAUUCUAUGAGGUUUCUGGGGGUCCGUUUGGCGUGGAAGAUUCUGUCAGGGCUGGAGGUGGCCCUCUUCUAUCCUUGCUUGGUUUCUUGAUAUUCCCCAUAUUUUGGAGCAUCCCAGAAGCUCUGGUUACAGCUGAGCUAGCCACAAGCUUCCCUGAAAAUGGUGGGUAUGUCAUUUGGAUAUCAUCAGCUUUUGGGCCAUUUUGGGGCUUCCAAGAAGGUUUUUGGAAAUGGUUUAGUGGUGUUAUGGACAAUGCCCUUUACCCAGUAUUGUUUCUCGACUACUUGAAGCAUUCGAUUCCCAUAUUUAAUCGGAUGAUUGUUCGAAUUCCAUCUCUUUUAGGUAUUACAGUUGGUUUAACAUACUUGAACUAUAGAGGGCUACAUAUAGUUGGGUUUUCUGCUGUUUUGCUUGCCAUUUUCUCCCUUUUUCCCUUCAUAGUAAUGGCUAUUCUCUCAAUUCCUCAAAUUAGGCCUAAACGAUGGCUCGUUGUAGAUAUAAGAAAUGUGGAUUGGAGGGGAUACUUUAACACCAUGUUUUGGAACUUGAAUUAUUGGGAUAAAGCAAGUACAUUAGCAGGGGAGAUCAAAGACCCGUGUAGGACUUUCCCUAAGGCACUCCUGGGGGCUGUAGUUUUGGUUGUUUGUUCGUAUUUGAUUCCACUUCUUGCGGGUACAGGAGCUUUGACGUCUGAUCCUAGUGAGUGGAGUGAUGGGUAUUUUGCAGAAGUUGGGAUGUUGAUAGGAGGGUUUUGGCUAAAGUGGUGGAUCCAAGCAGCUUCUGCCAUGUCUAAUUUGGGGUUGUUUGAAGCAGAAAUGAGUGGUGAUGCCUUUCAACUUCUUGGGAUGAGUGAGAUGGGAAUGCUCCCAGCUAUAUUUGCUUCCAGAUCCAAGUAUGGGACGCCAACCAUCAGCAUCUUGUGUUCUGCAACCGGGGUGAUCUUCUUGUCAUGGAUGAGUUUUCAGGAAAUCUUGGAAUUCCUUAACUUCCUCUAUUCUAUUGGAAUGCUUCUUGAGUUUGCAGCUUUUAUAACAUUGAGAAUAAAGAAGCCGGAUCUUGACAGACCUUACAAGGUUCCUUUACAUACAUUUGGAGCAACGAUGCUUUGCCUGCCUCCUGCUUUCUUGCUUGUUCUUGUCAUGUCUUUGGCAUCUGUAAAGACAUUUCUAGUCAGUGGUGCAGUUAUUAUUGUUGGGUUUGCCUUAUACCCCACUAUUCUCUAUGCAAAGGAUAAAGGGUUGGUCCUGUUUUGUACACAACAACUAUCAGGGCCUUCUGAUAAUGAUGUUGAAGGCCAUCCAAUUCUAUCAGAACAGCUUCAAGAUAUCACUGAUGAAGCUUCUGUCAGCCUUCUUUCAGACUCUUCGUCUUCUAAGGCCGAACAAGUGUCUGGAUUAUCUGGGGAAGCUCUGAAAUUGGAGUAG